UGUUUUGGUCAAAGAUAAGCUGCCUAUAGAAAAUACUAUAACGUGAAUAUUUUCAGUCAUUAGGACAACUGAAAAAAUUAAUUCAAUAAUUUAAUCAAAUUUGUUAACUGUAAACAGAAAAAAAGUUAUCAAGAUUUUCACAAUUUUCCACAAUUUCCACGCGACAAGGUUUUCGAACGAGCACCCGAUUUUCUCUCAACAUAUUCCGCGCUGGCAACCCUGUAAACUGACAUAAGGACAAAAUGGGCGGCCGCUAGUCCUCGUUAGAUAGUUUGAUUAGAAUUUUUCCUAAUAUUUUAUUGUAAUUAACGUUGAAAUUAAGUAACUUUAGCUUUGUAAGGUCGUGUUAAAGUGUUUUACUUCGGAGUCCCUCAGUAAUUAUAGGCGGAGGUGUGCGUGAUGCGCGCGCCAGCAGGGGGCGGCGUGUCGUGCGCGGGAGUGCCGCGGUGGUCGCACUCCGCGCCUGCGCACCAGGCCGACUAUGACAACACUCCCGCGCACACGCAUCCCGUUUUCCUCCAUGACGAUCAUAUUAAUAGCCGGUUUGCUAUAUGGCAAGGUGACAUAUCUUCCCUAGAAGUGGAUGCAAUCACGAACACCACAGACGAGUCGUUGACAGAAUGCAAUGCGAUCAACGAACGCAUCCUCCAAGUCGCGGGGCCUGAGCUCAAGGAAGAAAUUAUCACCAGGGGAUAUGAAUGUCGCACAGGCGAAGUGGUUGUGACUCCUGGCUUCGGCCUGCGGUGCCGGCACAUCAUCCACACCGUCAGCCCCAAGUACGUCGCCAAGUACCACACCGCAGCGGAAACUUCGCUGCACAACUGUUACAGGAACGUGCUCUGUAAGGCGACGGAGAUCGGUGCUCGGUCCCUAGCGCUGUGCCUCAUCAGCGGGACACGCACGCAGUUCCCGCCGGACCUCGCUGCACAUGUUGCUCUGCGCACGAUCAGACGCCACCUGGAGGCGCAGCGGUCGCCGGCGCUGGUGGUGCUGUGGUCGUGGUGCGGGCCCGACGUGGCGCUGUGGAGCGCGCUGGCGCCGCUGUACUUCCCGCGCUCGCCGCGCGAGGCCGACGCCGCGCGCUGGCGCCUGCCGCACGACGCGCUGCUGCACGACCGCCGCAUCCGCAUCAUACACAACCCACACUCACAUAACUCGGAUACCGCUGAAGAUGACACGUCGACGUACGAUGAGGAGGCAGCAGUGGAAGCGGCUGCAGCGUUCGCCCGCGCGUGCGCACCCGACACGCAGCGCCUGCUCGCGCCAGCCAAUCAACGACAGCCUUACGAACGGAGACCGCGCAUCGACAACCAAGACCAAUAUGAGCGGCUGCUCCGUCGCGCGCGCACAGAGGAUCUCAGCGAGAUCUCAGGCAUAGGCUGUCUGUACCAGAGCGGAGUGGACAGGCUCGGCAGACCCGUCGUCGUCUUCAUCGGGAAGUGGUUCCCUAUUGGAGAUAUUGAUUUGGACAAGGCUCUCCUAUACCUGAUCAAGCUGCUGGACCCCAUAGUGCGCGGGGACUACGUGAUCGCGUACUUCCACACACUCGCCUCCUCCGCCAACCACCCGCCCUUCUCCUGGCUCAAAGAAGUGUACACCGUGCUGCCUUACAAAUAUAAGAAGAACCUCAAAGCAUUCUACAUUGUACAUCCCACAUUCUGGACAAAGAUGAUGACGUGGUGGUUCACGACAUUUAUGGCGCCAGCGAUUAAGGCGAAAGUACACAAUCUUCCUGGAGUCGAAUACUUGUACUCUGUGAUGGCGAGAGACCAACUCGAUGUACCAGCUUUCGUCACGGAAUACGAUAUGACGAUAAACGGUCUCCAUUACUUCCAGCCGGACACGAACAAUACGUAAGACGCAGCAUUCACUCCUUUAGCUAUACGUUCAGAUCGUUGUUACAUGUUCCGGGCCGGUUGCCAACAUCUCUCUGUGUCAAUACGACGAAGGAUUUCGACUGUCAUACGCAACUCGCUGGACAACUGCGUUCCAAGCAAUAAAUAUACGUACUUUGGUACUAUAGAUAUUGCUAGAAACAGAUCAUUUAAAAGUGUGUCUUAGGACUACCUACUUAGAUGUCGUUUUAACCUAAAAAACUGCGCCGGUACAUGAAUAGUGUUACUAAAUAAUAAAUCGGCGCAAAAUAAAAGUUUGCUUACAAUUUUUAUAAUGAUUAGUAGGAUUUCACAAAGAUAUGCUGGCAACACUGCAAUUCGAAUCCGAGUGACCGUUUGAUUAUGAAAAACGGUGACUCGUUUUUAGGCCGCUGUUAUAGUAUUUUUGUGGACUUUUCAUUCACUGUCUGAUCGAACCGCAUUCGUAACGAAUCUCGUUAUCAAGAAAAUAUCAUAAAAUUGACGAUUUCAAUAAAAUUAACCAUUGUGUCGAAAGAUUUUGGCGUAGGAUAAAAUGUAUUGUGAGUAAUGUAAAUUACAGAUUCCUAUCAGUGACAUAUCAAAUAACUGUUGGGUCCAGAAAUUCGAAUGAUCAUAAGACUUAGAUGUUAGAAUACGCCAAAAGUAUAGAAGGUAUGACGACUGGGUUAAACCCCAUUUCUACUGUAAAAUGUACAUUAAGUACUUAAUUUACCAAAGAACCAUCAUGAAUGGAACCAACUCUAAAAUAAAUCGACAGUGAAUAAAAAGUUCAAGAAAAGUUAAAAUUGUUGAGAAUAUAUUAUCUUGUAAUCUAGUAUUAGCGGUGCAUUUUAUAUUAUUUAAUUGUAAUACUUGAUAUAAGACAUAUUAUCGAUUGUUAGAUGUUCUUAUUAUGUCUGUAUUUUUAACUCUUGCAACCCCGUUAUAUCUAAACCACCUAUAAAAGUACUUAGACGUUUUUAUAUUUUGUCUAUGUAUUUAGUUGUGAACGUUACAAUGUGUGCUAUUUUUUGUACCUAUAUUAUAUUUUUAUGUAAAAGUAAUAGACGAAGCUGUCAUUUUAUUAAUGUAUACCUUCCUACUUAAUAAUCUUGAUGCUGACUAUGCUCAUGAGUGGUUUGUGGGUGAACUUUGAAUGAUCCAGUGUAGAAAAGCUGUUGGAAUUUGCACUCCAUUGUGACCUUUUAGAAACGGACGAACACAAGCUAAUUCCAUGCAUUACCCGCCUUCCUGCUGGUUCUGUUGAUGAGACACCUCCACUUGCAGAGUGAGCUUGCAUCUAGCUAGUCGGCUGGUCUCCAUGUUUACCUUAGUAGUUCACUACGUAUUCUUCCCACGGCCCCCAUUCUCUGAAACUUCACUGUUCAAGCGACAGGGUAUUCGUUUAGUGAGUAGUGAGGAAAAUGUUAUUUUUUAAUAUAGAAAAGAGUUGUCUCAUACAGCGUAGAUUUGGUAUCAGUUAGGAAAAUUAAAAUAUAACAAACCCUUUCUCUAAAAUUAGAUAUUUAACAAUUAAUUUUUACAUAAAGGUGCUUGAUAAUUUUUGCAUAUUGAGAUUUUAAUUUUUUACAUAAAUAGAUUUUAAUAUAGGCUUAAUAAUGGUAUAUAAUGUUAGAGUAAUGUAAAUACGUACGCUGUUAAAGAUUUUUGCGGAAACAUUCACUCGUCUCGCACUACGGUAUUGUAGAUUUUGAUAAAACGCCAAAUGAGAAAGUGAGUUUGUACUUGUGUUAUUGUCAUCCAUGUUUUAUUUGGCACGUUAAUAAGAACCCUACGCUGCGCAAUUUUCGGCCUAUUGAAAAAAUUGAAUUGCUGCUUUAACAUAUCGAUAUGUGGUCGCCAAACGGCCAUAUUAAGGAAGGUCUAUCAGAACCCAGAUUAGUACAAACUCACUCUCUCAGGACACGUGAGAUUUCAGUGUAGAAGUAGUCGUGUGAAUUGAUUCUAAUGGCUUGUCGC